AUGGACCAGGAGACGGCCGCCAUCUCCAGCUUGGGCUCUUUCGCCAUCUCGAGGUUCCUAGGCGACGAUCUCGGCCAAGAUGGCUUCUCCUCACUGUCCAGCCAGCUUGGCGGAUCUGGCAAGGCCAACUUGGACGAACAGCAGAUCUACAACGACCGCUUCGAGUCAGACGAGGAGAGCGAUGACGGGGCCAGCAGACAGGACGGGAAGGCUAUGCGAGGCAGGGACUGGGAGGCAGAGAUUGACAAGGAGGAUGCAGAGGAGGCCGCUCGAGCCAUCAUCGCUGCCCCUUCACAACAUCCUCAGUCAAGCUUCGUCGUCAGAGGCGAAGACAUGGACUUUGAUGACGACGACGACGACGACGACGGCUUGUCAAGCGACAGCAAUGAGCCCGUCGCCCGAGUAAAGUCAGAGGAGCUCGAGCCAGAGCUGCCCUCGGCGGAGAGCUCGACGCCAGAACUCAUGCCGGCUCAAGUACGCAAGCCUGUUGACAUCCGGACUGUCUUUCCAGACUUCCAGUCCUCCCGACCGCUGCCCUUCACGAGCAUGUUCUGCCAACCUCGCAAGCGACGACGGCUCGAUGGCUUUGACGCGUCCAAGCGUGGCAGAUUCAAAGUCCCCAGCAAGGACGAGGUCGGCCAGCGCACCGGCACGGGCGACAUCAUCGUCGCUCCUCUCGACCUUCCCACUCAGGCUCAAUGCCUUCAGCCGAGAGGCACCGUGCGUGGCGAGCUUGCGCGCUAUGUCGCUAUGGCGGGUCCCUUGCGUCAGCUAUUCGCCGAACAAGACAGCUCAGAGCAGCCUGAAGAUCCUAGUGCUCUUCUCCGUGAUCUCGGGCAGGAAGUAGGACAGCAUCUGUGGGAAGUCGAGGCUUGGGAGGAUCAGAUUGUCUGGGAUCGUAGCCACCCGCCGCCUAGCCAUCGCGACGAGCCCGUCACGAUCAUUCCAAAGGAUCCGGGUACCAAGCCGAACGCUCUCGCUCGGCAACGCGCUGUCUAUCGCAAUCCUGACCUCGAGACUGGCAAAUGGCUCGAUGCCAUCCGCUGGACAGGCAUCGAGCCAGAUCACCCUUUCCUCAACUUACAGCUCAGUCUCAACGAUCCGCAGAUCUCUUGGGACGCAGCAAAUCAGGACCGCGGCGGAGCGGACGAGGCUAGCUCGCGCAUGAUCGUUCGCACUCAGCAAGGCUUGGAUUGGCUCAACCAUUCAAAUGAUAGUGUGUACGCCUCUACGUUUGCGCCCUCACGGCGGAGAAUCCGUCAGACCUUUGCAAAUCUCGAGGUCAGGCACAGCUAUCCUGCGAUCAAGCUACAGAUGCCAUUCUAUAAGCCGCGCUUACCGAAAGCAGAGUCUCGAUUCUGGCAUCGGCCUAAUCUCCAGUUUCCCAACAACAUCGCAAUCAAUUUUGAACGUGUCAGAUCAUCGAAGAAACGCAAGGACGAACAAGGGCGCAAGCUGCGAGCGAGCGACUCUGCCCAAGCCCUUCACACGACAUCUGACCUCUCACUGAGAGACACGAGCGAGUUUAUCCUGCUGGAAUUUUCCGAGGAGCAUCCACCUAUCAUGUCUAAUUAUGGCAUGGGUACUCUGCUUGUCAAUUACUAUCGCAAACGUGAUACGGCUGACGCGCAUGUGCCAAACGCCCCUCUCGGCCAGCCUUUCAUCCUCGACGGCGCAGAUGACUCGCCCUUUAUGCGCUUUGGGGACGUCAAGCCGGGUCAGACGGUGACCGGUUUGUACAACAAUCUGCUUCGUGCACCUGUCUACAAACAUGCCCCUGCCCAUACAGACUUCCUCGUGAUUCGUCAUACCGUACAAAACGAGAGCAAGUAUUUCAUCCGAGCGAUCAAAAACAUCUUCACAGUGGGACAGAUCUUGCCGGCUGCGCUCGUACCGCCGCCUCAAGCGAGGGCUCUGACGAUAUCAUACAAACAGCGCUUUCAGUAUCUUGCGAGCAAGCUGGCCGCCAACAGCAAGCAUCAUCAAUUCAAGACGCAAAAGAUCGCUGUCUUCUUUCCCGAUCAGACCGAGACUCAAGUGAAGGGUCGCUUAAAGGAGUUCAUGGACUCGACCCGUUCCGGCAAUAAAGCCGGCCAUUGGACUCUCAAAGCAUCCCACAAGCCAAUGGAAGACGCCGAGUUUCGCAAACUACAUACGCCUGAGCAACAUGCACUGGCAGAGGCAAUGCAAGUAGGCCAGCAGCAUCUGCUUGACUCUGGCUACAGCAAGCUGCCGGAAGUAGACGACGAGGAUGCGGACGAGUCCAAGCUCGAUGUCGAGCAACAGCUGGCCCCUUGGAACACCACAAAGAACUUUCAGCUUGCUGCGCAGAAAAAGGCCAUGCUUCAGCUGUUCGGUCCAGGCGACCCAACUGGACGAUCCGAGGGUUUCAGCUUCCUCAAAGUCUCGAUGAAGGAUAUCUUUCUGCGCGAGGGGGAGAGUCGUGAUGCUCGAUUGGCUCAGCUGGCCAAGCGGCCUAAGGGUCACCAGAAGAUUUCGCCCUCCGAGCAACACGCAAUAUACGAAGAAGAAAUUGAGCGCAUCUGGAAAGCGCAGAACACAGCCUUGUCAUCUCACAAACGCCCGCAACUGACGGUCGAGGACGAAAUGCGCGCGAGAGGAUCAAGUAGGGAUCAACGAGGAUCUAGUGUCUACGGCACGCCGGCAGCGUCGGGUCUCAGUCCGGGUCAGAUGAGCCGGGCAUCGUCGCCCGAGCGUAGUCGUAUGCACGGAGAUGCGGAUGAGACGGGCAGCUAUUCUGGCAGUCUUGGUGCUACCGCAAAGUUUCUCAAGAUCAAGCGAAGGGCGAGUCGUUACAGCCCACUUCAACAUAUUGGCGAGCGAUGGAUGUCCGAAAUCGUCCGUGAUCCGGCCGUGAUUGCUGCGUACACUCGCCAGCGCCAGAUCAUCGAAGACAAAUCGAUGGAUGUCGAGACCGUCGUCCUAAGCAACGACCCGAAGCAGCAAGAGCGCCAGCGCCGUUUGAUCGAAGAGCAGCUCCAAAAGCUACGCAAGAAGGCAGAACGACGCGAGCAGCGCAAGGCAAAGCAACUAGGCACACUGGACACCUUUGACUCGCCGGGCCCGUCUACGCCUUUUGGGGACAGUGCCAGCGCCGAUGGCUCCUUCCUCGCUGCUAACAUACUGUCCGGCUCACAGUUCAGUUCGACUUCAGAUGGAAAGGCUGUCAGGAAAUGCUCCAACUGCGGCGCAUUAGGCCAUAUGCGUACCAAUCGCAAGUGCCCGCUCUACAGCAAGUUCAAGGAGGAGAGCGCCAACAAGGCGAUUGCCCCCAGCCCGGCAGCUGCAGUCUUUGGGACACCGUCGUACAAUCCGAUUCUGUCCCAAGGCGUUACUUCGGCCGGAUCGCCUCCAACGGGCUCUUCCGCGCCUCCCAAGCUAAAGUUGUCGUUUGGCGGUCAACGCUAG